AUGAUUGGUUUCGCGAUAUCGGAUGAAUUUCUGGGAACAUUCGUGCCGAUUUUGGUGUAUUGGGUGUAUUCAGGGAUGUACAUUUGCAUAGGAUCUUUGGAGAGAUAUCGACUGCAUUCGAAGAUUGACGAGGAUGAGAAAAAUCUCGUUACCAAAUCUACCGUCGUCAAGGGCGUUCUUCUUCAACAGACUGUCCAAGCCAUUAUCUCCCUUAUUCUCUUCAAGAUAACAGGAAGUGAUGCAGAUGCUGCAACGACACAGGAAUUUUCACUUCUGAUUCUCAUCAGGCAAUUUAUCAUCGCCAUGCUCGUAAUCGACACUUGGCAAUACUUCAUCCAUCGCUACAUGCACCUCAACAAGUUCUUAUACAAGCACAUCCAUUCUCAACACCAUCGCCUUAUCGUGCCUUACUCAUAUGGAGCUUUGUACAACCAUCCAUUAGAAGGUCUUCUCUUGGACACCAUUGGUGGUGCUUUGUCUUUCCUCUUCUCUGGCAUGUCACCAAGAACGGCUAUCUUUUUCUUCUCCUUCGCUACCAUCAAGACGGUAGAUGAUCACUGUGGACUUUGGCUCCCUGGAAAUCCAUUUCACAUCUUCUUCAGUAAUAACUCUGCUUACCAUGACGUUCACCAUCAACUCUAUGGAACCAAAUACAAUUUCUCGCAGCCCUUCUUUGUCAUGUGGGAUCGGAUUCUCGGUACUUAUAUGCCUUAUUCACUUGAGAAAAGAGCCAAUGGAGGAUUUGAAACACGGCCAAUCAAAGUUUCCAAAGCUGAGUAA